CCUUAGUGGUAUAUGGUUUUCUGCUUGUUGGGUAUAAAUAGAGCACUGUUCUCAUUCUAAAAGUGGGCUUCUUCUACAUCAGCAAUAGAAAAAGACGAGCCACACCAAAGAAGAAGAAAAAAUGGAUCCUGUUGAGCAAAUUUCUGAAGAGUGGAGUUCUCUUAGUGGAUUCUACACAGCUGAGGAAGCUGACUUUAUGAGCCAGUUGCUUGGUAACUGUUCACUCCCUGAGAACCUGUGUGGAAACUUCAAUUUGGGAAUUCCAUCUGCAAUAUGGCCUGGCCAUGAAUCAACAAUAGUGAGCGUGACAGGAAUCAAUGAAAGUCCAUAUUUUCAUGCAAAUGCUGAUAAUAGUAAUACUAAUUAUUUAUGUUUUUCACAAGGAAGUAGCUUCACUGCUGAUAGUAGCAAUAUUUUUCCUACUACAAGUGGUAAUAAGUGUGAUCCAGUAGCCAACAUUGGCUACAUGUCUGUGGGUUUUCCCUUGGGGGAUGCCAAGUUUAGCCCAUAUAAUGUUCAAGGGAGUGACAGCCAACAGAUAAAUGAAAACACUGAUGAAGAGUUAGGUCUAGAGGUUAUUGCUGACAAGAAAUUGCAGGAUCACCAGGAAUGUGAAGUACUAGUUUCUGAAGCUGCACAAGAGGAUAUAAACACCAAUCUGGAGAAGUCAGGAAAAAGAUCUAGGGGCUCAAUGCAGGUACGAAAGAGCAAGAAAAAUGUUAAAUCUAUGAAGAAACCAAAAUCUGAUUCUAUAAGUAACUCUGAGGAGGGUAGAAGUCCUGAUCUUCAGGGUUUCUGCUCAGAGGAUGAUGACUCCAAUGCUUCUCAGGAGCUAAAUGGAGGAGGAUCUUCAAGUUUGAGCCUCGAGGAUUCUACAUCUCUUAAGUUAAAGGGGAAAAAAUCAACAGCUAAUAGAGGUUCUGCUACUGAUCCACAGAGUGUAUAUGCAAGGAGAAGAAGAGAAAGAAUAAAUGAAAGGUUGAGAAUCCUACAACACCUUGUCCCCAAUGGAACCAAGGUCGAUAUAAGCACCAUGCUGGAGGAAGCUGUCAAAUAUGUGAAGUUUUUGCAACUCCAAAUUAAGCUUCUGAGCUCAGAUGAUCUCUGGAUGUACGCUCCCAUUGCUUACAAUGGAAUGAACAUUGGACUAGACCUCAAUAUUACCCCAACCAAACAACCAUAAAUAUAUUGCCUUUGGCUGCAUAGCAAUGAAAGGGAAUGCAGCAAUUUGAGAGCUGAGGGUGCCCUUUUGUGAUGUUUAUGUUCUAUUAUGUAUUAACUGGCAUUUAAUUAUAAGGAAGUAUGAGAUUAAUUAAUCAAUUAAGCAACCCUUGUGUAUUAUUUUAACUAUGAGACAUCAAUUUCAGUUGA